AUGUCAACCCAAGAAACUGGGGAGCGAAAUGAAUUGAUGGCGCUGCUGAAUGGGAUGAUAGUGGUGAAUAGACCGGAUAGAUGGGUGUGGCAAGGGGCUAAAGAGAACGUCUUCUCGGUCAAAGAUGUUAAGAAGUUCUUGGAAAAAAGGAAAGACUACACGAAUAGGUACUUUAUGGAAUGGUGCAAUUGGGUCCCAAAAAAAUGCAAUGUGUUUGUUUGGCGAGCCGCGAUUGACAGGAUCCCAACAAAGGGGGCGUUGAAGAAUCGCAAUUGUUGGAAUGGGGAUACUUCCCACGCACUUUGUGGGGAGGGAUCAGAAACCACGAAACAUAUUUUUUGCGAGUGUGAAAUUUUUGCCCGGGUAUGGCACUUCAUUAGCUGCUGGAGCAAGUCUGCUCCUUUCUUUGUGUUCGAUGUAUCCGAUAUUCUGGAACUAUACAAACAGCAAGGAAGAGGAAAGACAGAGGCAAUGGUUAUCAAAGGUAUUAUUAUUACUAGCGUUGUACUCGCGCGAUGCAGCGGGAAAUAA